AUGGCCGCCCUGACAAACAUCGACGGCACGGCUUCGUCAUCCCGGGAAGAGCAAUGCAUGGCAGUCGUCGACCCCAAAACGGGAUACAUCACCAAUGUAGAUGAUAUACGUGCUGCAGAAUAUCAACAACUAAAAGAUACGACUUACCUCGACCAUGCUGGAACCACAGUAUACUCCAAGACACUCAUUGAGAACUACUCGAGAGAGCUGACAUCUAGUCUGUUCGGAAACCCACAUUCGGCAUCGGCAUCCUCGCAGCUCUCGUCCCGGCGGAUCGACGAUGCUCGACUCCAAGUCCUCCGGUUCUUCAAUGCCGAACCUGAUGAGUUCGAUGUCGUCUUUGUCGCGAAUGCAACCGCGGCAAUCAAGAUGGUGGGGGAUGCAUUUCGAGAUCACGAGGGUGGGUUCAGCUACUUCUACCAUGCAGAGGCGCAUACGAGUCUCGUUGGUGUGAGAGAGCUUGCUACUCGAGGCACGACUUGCUUCAACAGUGACCGAGAAGUCGAAGCCUGGAUAGACGGUCUCGGAGGUGGCGAUUCCACAGGUAACCAAAGCCCAGCCUUGUUCACAUACCCCGCGCAGUCGAACAUGACCGGUCGUCGCCUGCCGUUACGCUGGACUCAGAGAACAAGGUCUGCCCGAGAAACUUCUGGACAGGCUGUAUACACGCUCCUUGACGCCGCAGCGCUCGUCUCAACAUGCCCACUCGACCUAUCUGAACCCUCGACAUGCCCCGACUUCACAGCCCUGAGCUUCUACAAGAUCUUCGGCUUUCCCGACCUCGGGGCCUUAAUCGUCCACAAAUCAUCAGGAGAUAUUCUCCAACGACGCAAAUACUUCGGUGGUGGAACGGUUGAUUCUGUCGCAACAUUCGGUAAAGACAUCUGGCAUGCAAAGAAAUCUUCGCUGCACAGUGCUCUUGAGGAUGGAACCGUGGCCUUUCACAGCAUUAUUGCUUUGCAGUCCGCGUUGGAUGUUCAUAAGAAGUUAUAUGGAAGUAUGGCAAAUAUCUCUCGACACGCCAAUCACUUGGCAUCGAUGCUGAGGGAGCUUUUACGCGAGCUGAGACAUGCAAACGGGACCCAGGUCUGCACCAUCUACACCGAACUGACCGCGGAAAGCUCGUCGCAGGGGCCAGUCGUCGCUUUUAACCUCAAAGAUAGUCGAGGCAACUACAUCUCUAUCUCGGAAGUCGAGAAACUGGGUGUAGUGAAGAAUAUCCAGUUUAGGACAGGCGGUUUGUGCAACCCUGGAGGAAUUGGAUCCCAUCUUGGCCUCUCGAGCGAGGAGCUGCGUCAGAAUUACGAUGCCGGACAACGUUGUGGAGGUGAGAACGACAUCAUCAAUGGCAAACCCACAGGUGCCAUCCGGUUGAGUUUCGGGGCAAUGAGCAGUAUGAAAGACGUCGCCACAUUCCUUGACUUCAUCAGAGAAUUCUAUAUCGAUCUCAACGGACCGUCGCAGACGCUGCAGCCGGCAACAGCGCAUUACUCCAUCCAUCCGAACUCGGAAGGCUUCGUGAUUGAGAGUCUCUCGGUCUUCCCCAUCAAAAGUUGCGCAGCCUACAAAAUACCCCGUGAUGUGGCCUGGGAAGUCGGUGGCAAGGGACUCGCAUGGGACCGAGAGUGGUGUCUCGUCCACGAGGGGACGGAUGUCGCGCUGAGUCAGAAGCGUUUUCCUCGGAUGGCGCUUAUUCGUCCCGAGAUCGAUCUGCCCAAGCGACUUCUGAGAGUCUUCUUCGCGCAAGGUGAUACAGGAAACCGAAAACAGCUCGAAAUCAGCCUCGACUCGGCCCCCACGCGCACGGGGCUUGUCAAGCCAUGUGAAGCAUCGAUCAACAAACCAGCAAAUGUCUGCGGUGAGGAGGUCGAUGUGCAAGUCUACACGUCGGCUGAUGUGAGUGCUUUUUUCACCAAAGCACUGGACGUUCCAUGUACACUUGCAAGGUUUCCAAAAGGGGGCCCGGUGAGGCGAGCGAAAGUGCGGGUGCCUGGUCAGCACGCAGGGAAACAAGCGACCGAAAUAGGCAGAUCCAUUGCCCUGUCGAACGAAAGCCCGAUUCUCCUUGUAUCACGCUCCAGUGUCAAUCGACUCAACGAGCAAAUCAAACAAUCGAGUAGUGGCGGUGGCAAAGCCGUCACGGCCGACUCCUUCCGCGGCAAUAUUGUCAUCGCUCAAGAGCUGCGAGCAGGUCAAAUGGAAAGCCCGUACGUCGAAGAUGAUUGGGAAGGUCUUCAGAUAGGAGAAGAUCCGAACAAUGUCUUUGACGUCUUAGGGCCAUGUCAGCGAUGCCAGAUGGUCUGCGUGGACCAGAAGAGUGCACAGCGGCGACAAGAACCUUUCACCACGCUAGCCAAGACGAGGCGAAGGGAAGGGCGAGUCUGGUUUGGCAUGCACAUGUGCUUGAGGUCCGGCGAUGACUUGGACGCGACACGUGAUCCCCCAUGUUCGCAACGAGCCAGCGUAAAAGUGGGAGAUAGGGUCACGCCAUUAGUAACAAUGGACUGA